GGUAUAGCUUCGUGGCCCGCGCGCGCGCUUCUCUCCGGCGCGGGCACCGGCGCGGGCCAUGGCUUCAUCCUCUCUGUUAUCCGCGUUGGCUGUGCGGUUGCUGCGCCCCGCGCACGGCUGCCACUCGCGCCUGCAACCCUUCCACCUGGCGGCAGUGCGCAACGAAGCUGUUGUCAUUUCUGGAAGGAAACUGGCUCAGCAGAUCAAGCAAGAAGUGCGACAGGAGGUGGAAGAGUGGGUGGCCUCAGGCCACAAGCGGCCACAUCUCAGUGUCAUUCUGGUUGGUGACAACCCUGCCAGCCACUCCUAUGUUCUCAACAAAACCAGGGCAGCAGCUGAAGUGGGGAUCAACAGCGAGACAAUUGUGAAACCAGCCUCAGUUUCAGAGGAAGAGCUAUUGAGUUCAAUCAGGAAAUUGAACAAUGAUGAAAACGUAGAUGGCCUCCUUGUUCAGCUGCCACUCCCAGAGCACAUAGAUGAGAGGAAGAUCUGCAAUGCCGUUUCUCCUGACAAGGAUGUUGAUGGCUUUCACGUCAUUAACGUGGGGCGAAUGUGCUUGGACCAGUAUUCCAUGCUACCAGCCACCCCGUGGGGCGUGUGGGAGAUAAUUAAGCGAACAGGCAUCCCAACCUUAGGGAAGAACGUGGUUGUAGCCGGCAGGUCAAAAAACGUUGGAAUGCCGAUUGCAAUGUUGCUGCACACUGAUGGAGCACACGAACGGCCUGGAGGUGAUGCCACAGUUACAAUAUCUCACCGAUACACUCCCAAAGAACAGCUGAAGAAGCACACGAUCCUUGCGGACAUUGUGAUAUCGGCCGCCGGCAUUCCAAAUCUGAUCACAGCUGACAUGAUCAAGGAAGGGGCAACAGUCAUCGAUGUGGGCAUAAACAGAGUUCAGGAUCCUGUCACUGCAAAGCCCAAGUUGGUUGGAGAUGUAGACUUUGAAGAGGUCAAGAAGAAAGCCGGCUACAUCACUCCUGUCCCUGGGGGUGUCGGCCCCAUGACAGUGGCCAUGCUAAUGAAGAAUACCAUUAUUGCUGCAAAGAAAGUGCUGAGGCCUGAAGAGCUGGGGGUGCUGCAGUCCAAGCAGCGUGGAGUUGCCACCAACUAGCUGUACUCCAUGCCGGUCUGGGAGGCAAAGCGGGCCAAGAGGAAUGCAGUGUUUUUAAUUUAUUCUGUUGAAAUGGUUUGAAAUAAUGUUUGUAUUUAUUGAAACCUUAAACGGGUGGAUGUGUGUGCGCAUGGCUCUGCAGAACCUCGCCAGGGUGCCCAUCAGUGUCCUGCCAGUCACCUGGUGACGCAGGGGAGACAUCCUCACGCCGAGAAAGGAUGCUGAACUUCAUCAAAAAGCCUGCCUUUUUAGGCUCUCAUUUCCCAAGUGCUAUUUAUUCCAAAAUGAGUUGAUGACUCAUCUGAGGUGCCAAGCCUUCGGAGUUCAACUUUCAAACCAAAGGAAAACUUUCUAGAGAAAACUAGGGGAAAGGAAGAAAGGCAGCACCAAGAGAAGGACGGCACUCCCUUACUUCCUGUGCACGCCAGGUCAGCGCAGGUUUCUCUGAGGAGAGCUCACUUGGCUGGGUUGGCAGAGGAAAGCCCAGCAUUGCUAGCUGUCACCCUGUGACUGAGUCACUGGGGAAGGUUUAGGAUUUCCCCACUUGCUGUUACCAUCCUGUGAGCUUGCCCUAUUUCAGUUUUCUAGAAUCAAAAAGAUCAUUUUAUAAAUGAUGUGUGUCAUUGUCACGUUCGGCUUUUGCAGCACAUUUCAACUUUACAUUUCCAACUGUUAAGAGUGUGUGUGUCUGUUUUCUUUGACAUAAGCUUUGAGGCCUGUGUUUUGAAAAACAAAACUUGGGUGUGAUAAUCAUGAGGGCAGGUUGGGUGGAACUUACUCACCACCAAAGGACUGAUGGCGGCUGCCUGUGUGUCUUUCAUGUACCAUGUUGGCUUUCCUGAAAGGUACUGAAGAGCUUGAGUUAAUGUUAAGAUUUAAUCAGAUUUUCUUAUUAAAGGGUUUUGUUGCUACUGUUGGCUUUUUGUUUCUAAAUAAAACACAUCUGUCUGGUGUGGAAA